AUGGAGGUUCGCAUCCCUUCACAAACAUAUAAAGGGAAGCAGCCACCACAAAGAAAGGAGGAGGGAAAAAUACAGGAGAGCAGCCAGGAGCAGACCUCAGGACCAACAAGUAAGAGAUCUGUUAAUGGGUUCCAGAGGGUUAAUCCUUCUCAACAAGUGGUGGAUAAAACAAUCUGGAAGUCGUCGAAUCAGGGUUGGAUCAAAGUCAAUUUUGAUGGCGUGGCGCAUGGUAAUCCAAGCCCAUCAAGUGCAGGUUGUACAGCUAGAGAUUUCCAUGGUCAUAAAAUUGCUAAUUGGAGUCAAAAUAUUGGUAUGGGAUCAAAUAAUGAGACCAAAGUUAAGGCAACUCUUCUGGUAGUUAGAUUAGCUAGGAGGUUAGAAGUGGAAAUUUUACAGCUUGAAGGUGAUUCUCAGAUUAUCAUCCAUGCUAUCUUGAAGGGUGAGGUGGAUAAUUGGAAGCUAAAUUGA